GCAUGUGUGAUUAUUUUGGUCUUUUUUAGAAAAUGGUUUCUUAAAAAACUGAAGCCUGAAGGUAAUAAUAGUUAUGGUUAUUAUUGUUAUAUUAAUAUUAUAUAGAAUAAUUAUGAAAAAAAAUCAAUAUAAAAAUCUAAUUUCUCUUACCAAAAACAUGUCUUUAGGAAACAUACAAUAUAUUACUAAAACACUAAGUGUAUAGUAAGUUUUCUGAAAUUUAAUGUAGGUCUACAUCGCUUGUUAACUGGUUGGGAGUACAAAUCGGCUUAUGCCCUCUGUACAUUUGCAUAUUCCAGUGGUGACCCAGAGAAGCCUGUCAAGCUGUUUCGUGGCAAAACAAAUGUAUGUUCAUGUAUAUGCCUGUUAGAAUUAUGUUGGAUCAAUUUCUGAUUAUUUAGGCCACCCUUAGGCCUAAAAAAUUUACCUGUGGUUCCGGUUCCCGACCGAGCCUACUUUUUUCUGCCGACCCUAUUAUUUUUUCAAUGAGACUGACUGUGUGACCCUAUUUUCUUUCCGCGUGGUUGCAGGCUGCUCAUACAGCGUGCCAAAAUGGCGUCUGUUGUCACAAUUAUUGAACCAAAUUGAACCUAAAUUUGUCCAUAGGAAAUACGCAUCUCUAGUUAACAUUGAUGUUGGUAAUGAAAAAAAUAUAAAAAAACCAUUUAUUUCUGACCCUAAUUUUUUCACGAUGUGAAACUGGAACCACAAGUAUUUUUUUAGGCCUUGCAUUUUUGGGGGAUAUUUGCAACAUACAUGUGGAUGAGUUGCCUUAAUGGAUGAGUAGUUGAAUUUUUUCAUGCUAAUACAUGAAUUUAUUUCUUUUCUGUUUGAUGUAGGGCAAAAUUGUUGAACCAAGAGGACCAACAACAUUUGGUUGGGAUCCGUGCUUUCAACCUGACGGUUCUGAAGAAACGUAAGCAAUAUUGUAUGAAUAACAAAGUAUAAAUAAAAUGUAUAAACUGCGGACUAUGGCAUUUCUCAACAGGAUCUUGGGUGUUCACAUACACGUGAAAACCAGUCUGGAAUUUAUUUAUGAUUUGUAAACAAACCAUAUUCUAAGUUCUUAAUUUGUAUGUUUGCAUUGCGAUAAAACAUAUAAUAGUUUUGUUUGUGGAAACACCACAUAAAUUUAUUACUGCAAAGCUUUCGAUCCGUAAGCCCGGAUCUUCAUCAGUGUUAAUAAUAUAUAAUUUCAUUUUUUAAAAUUUUAAACCAUAUUCUGAUUUAUUAAGGUAUGCUGAAAUGAAAGCCGAUGCAAAGAACAAGAUAUCUUAUCGAGGCAAAGCACUGCAAGCUUUAAAAGAAUUUUUUGAGGAUCCCAAAUGUUCACCCGCAAAGCGUUUAAAACUGGCAACCGAACAAGAUGAAUUUAAAUUUUAACAUUUUUGUAAUUUAUAUAAUAAAUUGUAAUUGUGUAUUUUUCAAUUUUAUUUUUGGCCAAGUCCAUAUUUGCUAUACCAG